AUGAAGGAUAUUGGGGACAAAUGGAACCAACUUCAUGAAGAAGAAAAAAAUAAGUAUAUACAAAUGGGAAAGCUGCAAUCUGAACAAUAUGCCCAAUUAAAAACUGUGGUCCAACAAAAGCCUCCAAAAGUAAAAAUUCAAACCCGGAUAGAGCUUACAUCAAUUUGUAAGAUUAUUAGAAGGUUGGACAAAGCACAACAACAAGCAGUGACUGAUAUGGGGUUUCAUGGCAUCUUAAGCCUUAGGUGCACACACAUAGAUCAUGACUUGUGUCAUUGGUUAGUUCAGAACUUUUAUCCUUCAACUCAUUCAUUGAAUAUCCACGGUCUUCGAAUGCUUCUCACCAUAGAAGAUGUUCAUGAGUUGAUGGGAUUACCUUCCAAUGGUCUACCUGUGAAGUUAACGGAGUCCGUAGAUGAAAUUACAAACCUAUGUGAUGAACUUGCGGGGAAGAAUAAAUUUGUUCCGUUCACAUCUCUGAAAUCUUAUCUGCUUGAAACAAAAGAUGCUGGAACUGAAUUUAAAAGGAAAUUUGUCUUAUACAUCAUUGGAGCCCUCUUGUGCCCCACCACAAAGGCAGGCGUACAGCAAUCAUUCAUUAAAAUGGUUAAAAAUGUUGAGUCCAUCAGUCAAUUCAAUUGGGCAAAGCACACACUUGAUUUUCUUGUCGACCGCAUUGCUAUUGCAAGGUCAAAGAGCGGUCUGCUAUGUGCGGCUGUUUGCUUCUUCUAA